GUGAAACGGUACUUCGAGUAUGAGGAUCCUAACGGAACUGUGCAUGAAAUCUGGCGCCAAGUUUCUUUGAAACUUCCCCAUAUUAAAUUGAUUAUGAAUCGUGACAAACGACUUGUGAAGAGAGACUUGACUGAACCAGACUGUUCUUGUCUCUGUUCGAACCAGUCAGGGAUCCACACCACUUUAUAA